AAUUUUCCAUUCCCUUCCCACCUGCUUUUGUUACCUUGUUUCUUCUUCCUUCAUUGAUUUUCGUUCCAUCGUCACUUUCCUUGGAAAAUCUUUCCCGGAAAAAGGUUGAAGCAGAGAGGAAAAAACUGUGGAUUCUGGAAACCUAAUCGUUGUGAGGCAGGCAAUCAGUGGUGUGCUCGUAUAAUGAUUUGAUUUGGUAGUUUUUGGUUUCCAUUUCGACGACCAUGGUGGCGGGUCUAUGCCGCUCUCUUCGCGAUGGAGUUCUCGACAGAUGUGUCGACGUUUUCCCUUGCCUCGCCGAUCCCGCUCGGCGGUCUAAUUUGGUUCUCAGAGCGGCGCUAGUGGUGCUACAUCUGAUUUAUGCGGGAAUUCUUUUCCUUUUCGAUGAUGAUUUGAUAGAGAAAACCAAAAAAGAACCAUGGUACACUGCGUUAUAUUUGUUAUUAUGGAUUGCCACAUUGGUGCAGUACUUUCUUACUGCUGGUUCCUCUCCUGGUUAUGUCAUUGAUGCAAUGAGGGCUGUUAAUCAGAGAAAUGUAACAUAUAGAAAGGCUCCAUUAGCCUCAAAACAGCCUGCUUCAAGCAAAAAUGGAAGCUUGCUUGUUGCUGUGGAAGGGGGAUCGGGAACAAAUUCUCAAGGGAGUAAUGCGACAUCUUGGGCAAAACUGGUGAUGGACAUGUAUCCUCCAGGAACAUCUGUUAGGAAUUUUACGUGCUCUUAUUGUCAUGUUGAGCAGCCUCCACGAACAAAGCAUUGUCAUGAUUGUGAUAGAUGUGUUCUCCAGUUUGAUCACCAUUGUGUGUGGAUUGGGACGUGCAUUGGCCAGGGCAAUCAUUGCCGGUUUUGGUGGUACAUUUGUGAAGAGACAGCAUUAGGCCUUUGGACUGCUAUCUUCUACGUUACAUACCUCCAGGCAAAUAUAACUAGGGCAUGGUGGAAGGAUGUUAUCAUGAUUGUGCUGUUGAUUUUCUUGUCAAUUCUCAUUAUCUUUCUGCUGCUGCUCCUACUUUUUCACAGCUAUCUUGUUCUGACGAAUCAGACUACCUAUGAGCUUGUAAGACGUAGACGUAUCUCAUACCUCAGGGGAGUUCCAGAACGAGUAUAUCCUUUCAGUAAAGGAGUUUGCAGAAAUCUAUACAACUUUUGUUGUUUUAGAACCAACAUAUACACUUUUGAACCUUUGCCCACGCCGCUUGAACUCGAAGAAAAGUUGAGACCCUAUACAUUCCUAGAUGUUUUAAAAUGCCGUUGCUGCUGAAUCACUGAUAUUGUGGGGGCAUUGUUUUGUUCCAGUCUUUCCUCCAAAAAUUAGGUUAGAGCUCUGUUUGAAAGUUGGGUUUUUUGUCUAAUUGUUAUAGCUGAUUCUGUUUUUAGAUCUUAUGGCGAAAAUUGUUCUGUGAUUCUUUUGUUUUUGCUAUUGUAUUUGUUCACAACAUCUCGGUGUUGUUUCUACUUCCAUCAUGCAUCACAUUGAAUAUAUUAACAGUUCAAAA